AUGUAUUAUGCCAAUUUUUGGGUGGGUGUGGUCGCAACAAUCAUUGUACCAAUCUACUUUUGGCUGACCUUUAAACAAUCACAAAAGCUUUCCGGCAAACGUCGAGCCUUGCGCGAUAAUAUGGAAAAGAAGAAUCAAGUGAUUAAAUCUUUUAAUAAAGAGGCUGUUGAAUCCACCAAGCAACUGAACUUACAAAAGUCACUGACUGAAAAUCAGAUGCAAACUCGACAAACCAGCUAUAUCUUUGAUGAUGGACAAAUGAGUAUAGGGAUGAUCAUGUACCAUGUAUUGUUGUUCAAUAACGUGUCUGCACCGAUCCGCUCUUUGCAUCAAGCAGAUCAUGAAAUCGAAGCCAGUGGUUUAAUAAAACCUCAAAUUCAUGGCAAAUUUGAAUUGGAAAAUGUUGAUUUUAUCUACCCGAAUGGUCAUCAAGCCUUACAUCGGAUUAACAUGACUAUUCAACCCAAUAAAAUCACAGCCUUAGUGGGCUUAUCAGGUGCGGGAAAAUCAACCUUAAUCAGCCUACUGGAUAAAUUUUAUACCCCGAAUUCAGGCUGUAUCAAACUCGAUGGGAUUGAUUUAGAGCAACUCGAUACACACUAUUUAAGAGAACAUAUUGGCUUGCCCCAUGCAAGCAAUGAAGAAGUCAUCGCAGCUGCAAAAAAAGCCUCGAUUCAUGAGCAGAUUUUAAAAUUACCCCAUGCCUAUGAAGCAGAUGCCUUGCUAUUGUCUGGCGGACAACAACAGCGUAUCGCACUUGCUCGAAUGUUCCUUAAAAACCCGCCUAUUAUCUUUUUAGAUGAGCCCACAGCGAGUUUAGAUGCCAUCGCUUCAGAGCAAAUCAAACAAAGCUUAGAUGAGAUUAAACAAGGUCGAACUGUGAUUAUGAUCUCGCAUAGCCUUUCACAAAUUAUUGAUGCCGAUUACACCUAUGUGAUGAAAGAAGGACAAAUCGUUGAGCAUGAGGCCAAUCAUUUCCAUUUUACUGCUUGGACUUCAACCUUUUUAGGAUUGUCCGUUUCAGCACUACUGCAACCACAACCGCCACCGCAUCCACUCACCAUCGCAGGCUGA